GCGAGCCGACGGGCGGUCGGUCGGGGAGGCAUGGAGCACGGCAAAGGCGGCAAGGACAAGGGCUCCAAGCAGAGAGGUGUUCCUCUGGGUUUCGUGUACGUGCAGAAGGCUCCGACGCAGGUCAUCUGCUACGGAGACAAGUGGCUCUGCGUCGAGGACCCUUCCAGACUUGUGGUGCUCGUCAUACCAGUGGUUGGACACGAGCCACUACACGAGCGUCCGUCAAGGCUUUGAUUGUUGCCAGCCGAAGUCCAGUGCUCACGCAGUUCUCCGUGUCCAGUCCAUGAGCCGCGCUCAGCUGUCAUCAGGCGAGUGGUUUCGACCCCGCAAUCACGUCAUCGAGCUUUGCGAAGGCAACCCUGGUUCGAUCGAGUUCUACUCCGAGUUCAUGCGAGAAAUCUACGAAGCACAUAGGGGCCAGCUGCUCGUGUGGGGUGUCUCGCACGCGGGUCACGUGGCACCUCCCAAGUCCAUGGAGCUCCCGAACGUCGAAGAAAACCCUACGCUGUACUCGUGCGACGGUCAAAUUGGCCACAAGCUGUGCUUCAUCGAGCAGUUCAUUCCCAGCGGCACUCCGAUCGUCUUAGUGGGGCACUCCAUAGGCUGCCACAUGGUGCUCGAGAUCCUCAAGAGGGCCCCUGAUCUCAACGUCAAGAAAGCCAUCCUGCUGUUUCCGGCCAUCGAAAGCCUGGAGGAGUGUCCUCGUGUCAGCAUCAUAUCCCCCCUGGUCACCUACCUUCGCCCCGUGACGGUGGCCACCCUGUCCGCCAUCCGAGUCUUGCCACGCGCCAUGCAGAUGUUCCUCGUCCGGUUGUACAUCUUCAUGGCCACCUCGUGCAGCUCGCCCCACACCACGUCCCUCAGUGGGGCCACCAACUACUUCAAGCCGGAGUGCCUCAUGGCCUGCUUCGUGUUCACCAGGGACAUCAUCGAGAACGUGAAAGAGAGGGACAAUGACACCAUAGCCCGGCACCUGGACAAGCUAACCGUGUACUACGGUCGGAACGACCACUGGAGUCCCGUCGAGUACCACGACGAUCUGCGCCGGAGGUUUCCCAGUGCCGACGUGCGCCUGUGCGAAAGGGGCUUUCGGCACGCAUUCGUCUUGGACAAAGGAGCCGAGGUCGGCCGUAUGGUUUCUGACUGGAUUGCGCCUCUGCUCAAGAGCUAGCACCGCACCGUCAUUCUUUGUUCGUGGCAACUUCUGCGAGAAAGUUUUGCGUUCAUCGGUGUUUUCUCAAUUCCUUUUGUGUUGCGAACUGAAAAUGAAUGUGACACAGGUGGGUCUAGAAAGGCACCAUUGUUGUUUUGAGAAUGUUACAGAGAAACUCGUUUAACGGACCAAUUUUCAUAGAAUAGUAAUCCAGAGACGGUUUCGGUUGUGUUUUACACACCGAUUGCACUAGAGAAUGUCCAAAACAUUGCGUACAGCUAAGCUUGUUGACAGGUUGGUUACUAGUACAGAGUAUACACGCUCCACCUGCAGGUAACUCACAAAACUCACUUGCAUUUAGGCACGGUGCUAAAGCAGAUAAUCGUCGUCGUACUCCCCUUUAGCUGCCGACAAGUGGAGUAUAUAACUAUGGGUGCCUUAAUCUGUGUCUUAGGUGGCGACACCAGGUCAUUUAGUGACACCAUCGCAGCUCUUUACUUUUUACUCAAGCAUGUCAAAGACCAUCUCGUGGCUCCUGCUCUUAGCCUUGAACAGAGCCUUGGCGCCAUUUUUUGUCACAACGCUUUUCUAUUUUGUCUUGUCCGCGUCAGCUGCCGCCAAGGGUUGCACACUGGCGCUUUACCUUAUGAACAUCAAAUAUGAGACGUCCCAGGAGCUGCUGGAGGUACCGAAUGGUAUACAACAUCCAAUCGUUUUAUUGUUGGGGAUGGGAGCAUGGCACAUUAUCAUAAGAUAACCUUGUCAGUAUAAGCUUCGAUUACGGCCCCAAGACGGUUUGAGGCACCGUUUUAUAUGCCAAAUCUUUCAAGUAUGGUGGCCUCUCCUCCCUUGAAUAUAUGAUCCUACAAUAUUUAGUACCUCGUUUUUAGGGUUGCCCUCUACACCCUCUGUUGAGAGAUGUCAUACGAUGCCAGUUCAAAGGCUGUACGGAAUGAAGCUAAAGAACCACCCAGAAUUUUCUGAGGCAAACACCGCCAUGCAAAGAUUCAACAGGGUAAAAGCAGUUCAACACAAUACCAAAUAGCCGAAUGUUAGGAAUUUAUUUUCAACAUAACUACGAGAUAAGUGCGAAGUGCUAUUAUUUUGAGGAAAUAUAUUGGUAUUUCUGAUCCGAUUCAGUUUUGGAUGCUUGGAUAACUACAUGUCUUUUUAAAGACUGGUAGAUUUUUUAAAGUUGUCACUGGCCGCGAGUGUUACGCAAAAUAUCAAGUGCAGUCAUUUAGUCAUUCAUAACAGUAAUAUAGUCCGCUCUGUUACUAUGAAUUCAUUUGUUCGUGAACAUUUUUGCUAGUCAUUUAUAUUGUACCCUCAGAUUUAUAUUGCAUUCAUGUACGUUGCUCGCGAUGGAAGGGAACACCACAUGUGCACCUUGCUUUCGUUGUCUAUAGAAAAGUACAAAUACUGAGAAAAAAUAAACACCAAGCUUGAUCACGCUGGCAAAG